CUUGUGGCCCCUUGGCUGCAACAGAGUAUCUCACUGGCUUUUCUCACAGCCAGCAUCCUCUCACCUCCCCCUCCAGCCUUGGCUAAAUUAGCAAGGCCUUGGUUUACUUUACUUUCAGUUUCUUUUUUGCUGCAGCAUGUGAUUUUUUUUCAAUGUGUGUGGGGUGGUGGUUGUGGUGAUGGGUGGUGGUCAGCUCACAUAAAAGAGGAGCAAAGAGAGUGAGGGAGGAGAGCAGAAGUGAGCCAGAGGCAGCAGCAGAGGAGAGCUGCACUUGAACCUGUCUGUGGGACCAGAUUCGUCUAGAGGUUAGCAGGUUGCUGUGACCCAACCACAAAUGGCUCCCAUUUGUCUGGUGGAAAACCACAAUGAACGGCUGUCAGUGAACCAGAAAGCCAUAGAGAUUCUGGACAAGAUUUCUCAGCCAGUGGUAGUCGUGGCUAUUGUUGGAUUGUAUCGUACAGGGAAGUCCUAUUUGAUGAACUGUCUGGCAGGACAGAAUCACGGCUUCCCUCUGGGCUCUACAGUGCAGUCGCAGACCAAGGGCAUCUGGAUGUGGUGCGUGCCACACCCCACCAAGCCAAAGCACACCCUGGUCCUCCUGGACACCGAGGGCCUAGGGGAUGUGGAAAAGGGUGAUCCUAAGAAUGACUCCUGGAUCUUCGCCCUGGCAGUGCUUCUGAGCAGCACCUUCGUCUACAACAGCCUAAGCACCAUCAACCACCAGGCCCUGGAGCAGCUGUACUAUGUUACAGAACUCACUAAGCUGAUCAGAGCAAGGUCUUCCCCAAAUCCUGAUGGAAUCAAGAAUUCCACAGAGUUUGUGAGUUUCUUUCCAGACUUUGUCUGGACUGUUCGAGAUUUCAUGCUGGAGCUGACGUUAAAUGGGAAAAACAUCACAAGUGAUGAGUACCUAGAGAAUGCCCUGAAAUUGAUCCCAGGCAACAGUCCCAGAAUCCAAGCAUCCAAUUUGCCCAGGGAAUGCAUCAGACAAUUCUUUCCUAACCGGAAGUGUUUUGUCUUUGACCGGCCAACACAUGACAAAGAACUCUUACAAAAACUUGAGACCAUCUCAGAAGACCAGUUGGAUCCUAACUUCCGGGAAGGAACAAAGGCUUUUGUUUCUUACAUCUUCACUUAUGCCAAGAUGAAGACCCUCAGAGAGGGAAUUAAGGUCACCGGGAAUCGACUGGGGACUCUGGUGACAACCUACGUGGAUGCCAUCAACAGUGGAGCGGUACCUUGUCUGGAUGAUGCGGUGACAACUCUGGCCCAGCGUGAGAACUCAGUAGCUGUGCAGAAGGCAGUGGACCACUACAGUGAGCAGAUGGCCCAGAGACUGAGGCUCCCCACAGACACACUCCAGGAGCUGCUGGAUGAGCACACAGCUUGUGAGAAGGAAGCCAUCUCUGUCUUCAUGGAGCACUCCUUCAAGGAUGAGAAUCAGCUGUUCCUGAAGAAGCUGGUGAAAUUAAUAGGUGAGAAGAAAGGGCUUUUUGUGUUGAAGAAUGAAGAAGCAUCGGAUAAAUACUGCCAGGAAGAGCUGGAUCGACUUUCGAAGGAUUUUAUGGAAAAUAUCUCGACAUUUUCUGUUCCUGGGGGACACAGGCUCUACGUGGACAUGAGGGAGAAGAUUGAACGUGACUACUGGCAGGUGCCCAGGAAAGGGGUGAAGGCAAGUGAAGUCUUCCAGAGCUUUCUGCAGUCACAGGUCAUCAUUGAGAGUUCAAUCCUGCAGGCAGAUACAGCCCUCACUGCAGGGGAGAAGGCCAUUGCAGAGGAGCGCACCCAGAGGGAGGCAGCCGAGAAGGAGCAGGAGCUGCUAAGACAGAAGCAGAGGGAGCAGCAACAGUUAAUGGAGGCUCAAGAGAAAAGUAACAAGGAAAACCUAGAGCAACUGAGAGAGAAGCUGGUCCAGGAGAGAAAGCAGCUCAUUGAAGAACAUAACAUGAUGUUGGAGAAGCAACUGAAGGAUCAAAAGGCUUACCUUGAGGAAUAAGCUAUCACAUCAAGUAUAUGAAGCAAAACAGUGGUUCCAUCGUGGACCAUAUCUUAAGAGGAUUUGCUUCAGUGAUUUUUGCUCCCGUUUUACUGGUUGGGGAGGCUAUAAGAGGCAUUGCUUCAUUGUUUAAAUAGGAUUGACUCUUCUUUUGAAGAAAUGAUAGACUGAUAGACACUUUGUUCUAUUUUAAAGCUGCCUGUUUUCCAUUCUCACUCAGUGAUGUUUAAACGUAAAAAGUGCUGAUUGGAGGAUAUCUGUGCCCCACCCACACGAGAUAGAACAUAAUCAAACAUGUCUGCACAGACAAUGCUUGCCUUUAGAGAGCACACAUUUAUUUUUUAAACCAUUCCUGUGGAAGCUAUGCAAUUAGUCAUCACAUGUGAUUACUGUUGGCUAGUUUGACUGGAUAUAGAAUCAGCUAGGAGACAAGGUUUUCCCCACUCCUAUGAGGACCAUGUAGCCUGAUUAGCUUGUGGGGGAUUAUCUCAGGUUAGUAUGGUAGGGAAGCCAUCCUAAGUGUGAGCAGCACUGUUCCUGUGGACUGAAGAUGCAGUAGAAAGAGGAAAGCAAACUGGCCCUACUACUUGUGGCUUCUUGACUGUGGAUGUCAUGCAACCAGCCAGCCUUGACUUCUCUCAGAAUGCAUUCUCCAGUCUUGACAGAAUGUAUCAUCGUGAUACCUGGACCACAACAAACCCUUUAUGAAGUUGCUUUUGUGAGGGUAUUUUAAUCACAGCAAGAGGAAAAGCCAUUGAUAUCCUAACAGUGAUAAGCCUGGAAACUAAGUACUUAAACAUUGCUGAGUCAGAUUGCUAACGGAUUUCAAUAUGACUUGAUCCUGGGGUACUAUAUAGUCAAGAAACAAUGUCAGUCAAGCAAUCUGUAUAAUGAUCUAAACUGAGCUUUAAAAGUAAGGAUGUCUUUAAAAAAUAAAGUCAAAAUACCAUACAA